CUGCUUUUCCCGCCAUCCCUUCCCCACACGGCCUCCAGAGCCAUCGGCGUCGCAGCGCCCAUGGACAUCCUCGAGCCCGCCCAGUUCGUUUCAGACCAUCGCGUCCACCGCAGCUUCUUCCUCAUCGGCGUCGUGCUUCUCACAUACGACCACCUCCUCACGCUGCGCGCGGAGGUCAAGUACAUCUGGGCGUCCUCCCUCCGCAUGAGCACGUUCUGGUUCCUCCUCGUGCGGUACACUGGGCUGCUAGCUAGCUUUGCUGUCGUGGCUUUUUACUUGGGGGAUCUGGGGCAUGAGGUCUGUGUGCGUAUGCAGCUCGUUUGGGAAGUGCUGCUUGUCAUUCAGGAGCUUCUCGUCGAAAUUACGCUCAUCGUCCGCGUUUUCGCGAUGUACGGCCUCAACUUUUGGAUACUCGGCUUCCUGUUGAGUAUUGGAAGCGUGAGCGGCGCAUUAGCUCUGUGGGCGAUUAUUGAAUAUGGACGCCCAGUCGUGAUUUCACCGCCGCUUGGUGUCCCCGCGCUUCAUGGUUGUCAUGUCGCGUUCACUAGGCAAACGGCUCUACGGCUCGCUGGAGCAUGGGAAGGGCUCCUCGUCUGCGACACCGUCGUCUUUCUUCUCACUGUCCGCCGUGUCUAUAUCCAACGUCCUGUCACCCUGCGCGUCCGCCUCCCACUCCGCAUGGCCAGCCGUCAACAUAAUGCCGAGUUGGACCGCCCAGAAACUUUGCUCGAGCGAAUGUAUAAAGACGGGGCACUGUACUUUGGUAUAAUAGUCCUCGCGAAUCUCGCCAACCUCUUAACCUUUUAUCUUGGGGACAUGUUGCUCGCCGGCUCCCUUUCGUGGUUUACAACCAACAUCUCGGUCGCGCUGCUGUGUCGCCUCAUGCUUAGUCUGCACCAGGCAGGCAAUGCGGGGCUCAUGUCGGACGUGUCGCAGCCCAGCGGUCUGGAGACACAGACGCUGCGGUUUGGCGCGCCCGCAGAGGACCACAUGCGUGGCGACGGGUAA